GGUUGCUUGCGCGGCUCAAUCCCGGCAUCGGAAAGCAUCAGAUGAGCGUGAAUAAGAAUGGUGUACGACGUUCCGUUAAGCUGUGCCUCGCGGCUCUGGGAAGCGUGUUGCAAGUUGAAGUGUUAGUACACUAGCAAUGCUGCUGCCUUAGUAAGAAAAUGACAGUUCGGCUGUUUGUUGGCGGCUUGCCGCAAGACAUUUCCGCCGCCGACUUGCGUUCGCGCUUCAGUCCCUUCGGCAGGAUAGAGAACAUAGAGCUUGUUCCACCCAAAGAUAAUGCGUUAGGUAACACUCCCAGCGGUGUUGCGGCUCAGGCGCAACACGCUUGCAGAGGAUUCGCUUACGUUGAACUUGACCCAAAGGACGACGUAGCUGUGAAGAAGUGCUUGAGCGUCUACAACAACAGCAAAUGGCGCGGCCACGUGCUCCGCGUCGAGGUAGCCAAACCCAGUUACCUCGCCCGAUUACCUCACCCAGCCCCUCUCCCUCACCAAUCCCCGCAACCGCUGGCACCCCGUUGAAGUGGACCUGGCGAAACCCGACAAGCCGCCGCGACGCAGCUUCCCUGUCGUACAGCCCCUGCCGCUGACUCGGCUCGAGUGGCGGCGGGAGGACGUACCCGAGGAGGAGCGGCAGGAUGAUGACGUGGACGCCUCGUCAUCAUCUUCCGAGGAGGAGUACGACAGCGACGUUGCUGACGUCAGCGGCGGCGGCGAUGCAGCUGGUGGCGGCGAUAAGGGUGGCGAUAAGGCUGGCGGCGGAGGUGAUGAUGAUGAUGAUGAUGACAUGGACCUGAACAUCUUCAUGGAUGGUGGUGAGGGGGGUGACGGUGAAACACGAGACACAGCGGCGAAAAGCGCCAGGGGGACUGCUGCUGCUGCUGCUGUCAAAGUCACCAACACCAGCAGCAAGCCCGCUCCUGCACCCGCACGCGCACCAGCACCCGCACCGCGCCUGACCGGACCCGCACCCGGCGGCAUCAGUGCCAUGUACUACCUGAACCGCGUCUGGUCGCUGCCCAUGCGCCCCUACGCGCCGUCAACUGCUGCUGCCACUGCCACUGCUGGUGUUGCUGCUGCUGGCGGCGCUGCCGCUGUGCCGCCGCCACGCAGCCUGGCGACGGUGGCAGAUCACCUUCAUCGUGCGGUGGGUGGCAGCAGUGAGGACGCGGAGGAUGAGGUUGGUGCUGACGCUGGUGCUGGCGGUGCAGCGGCGGAUGGUGGUGGCGUUGAGGGGGUUGCUGGGGGGGAGCAGCCGCAGCAGCCGGCGAACAAGCCCGCAGCAGCAGCAGGACCUGCCGCUGCCGCCGCCGCUGCUGCAGCUGCUGCGGUCCCCAAGCGGGAGGUCCGAGGGGAGGUGUUGUCCAUGUUUAAAGUGCUGAAAGCAAUCGACCAUGAGACUCGCAAGCGGGCAGCAGAAGAGGAUGCGGAACGCGCCGUGGCGGCAGCCAAGGCGAAAGCGACGUCACGGGGAGGUAGGCAGCAGCAGCAGCGGCAGCAGCAGCACCAGCAGUGGGCGCCGGCGGGCGCAGUGGCGGAGGUUGGCGGUGAUGGGGAUGGAGUGGUGGAUUUCAUGGAUGUGGAGGAGGGCGGUGCUGGGGCGGGGGGUGCGGAUGAUGCGGCCAUGUUGUCGCGUUUCGAUGAUGAUUCGGAUGAGGAAGGGGCCGCACCACAGCGGCAGCAGGUGGAUGAGGAGGAGGAGGAAGAACAGCCGCGGCUGCAGAAGCAGCAGCAGCUCCAGAAGCAACAGCAACAGGUGGUGGCGAAGCCGGGCCCUCCCGCUGCCGCUGCUGCUACCUUGCUAGCAGGCCGGGGCGCUGCAGGAAAGCAACCGGUUGCCGCACCGUCGUCUCCUGCCGCCGCUGCUACUGCGGCUGCUGCUGUCUCCCCUGCAGCAGCUGCGGUGAGGGCGAAGAGCGUCGUCAAACAGGCUGCCGCAACCCCGGGAAUUGCUGCUGCUGCUGCUGCGGCGGCGGCGGCUGCAACCCCCAAAGCACCGGCAAUAGCAGCAGCAGCGCCCAAAGCAGCAGCGGCAGCACGGAGCACACCGCAGCAGCCGCAGAAGCGGCAGCAACAGCCCCAGCAGCAGCAGCAGGCGGCAGCGGCAACGGUGGUCAGCAGCUCUCCCGCGGCGGCGGCAGGUGUAGCCGAGGAGCGGCCUGCCAAGAAGAUCAAGAUGGCGGAGGAGGAGAAGAAGGCGGAGACGAAGGCGGAGGAGAAGAAGGCGGCGGAGGAUGAGGGAGAGGCACCCGCACGCACUGGUAUUACCGCCGGCGCUAACCGUGCAGCUGCCACGACUCCUGCAGCCCUUCAAACCAGGGCCAUCACCACCACUCCAUCUACCGCCGCCGCCACCACUACCCUCACCACCACUCCCGCAGCUGCCCGGAAAACAGCUGUCCCAGGACGCGUGACGACCCAUGGGUCAGCCGGUCGUGACCCUCUUGUUACCAGCGCUGCUGCCAGGGGGAGCGGCUUGCUGAUCCCUGCGAGGAAGCCGCAGGGUGGCGGCAGCAGUGGCCUUGGCGACCCGCUGGCUCGCUUCGGUGGCGUGGACAGUGACAGCGACGGGGAGGAGGUGUUCCGUGACGUGGACUCAUCAGAAGACGAGGGAGAAGGAGGGGGCAGCGGUGGUGGCGGCAGUGGCAGCCAAAGGAGGAGGAGCAGUGCAGGGCGCGGAGGCGAUUGGUUCCUGCCUGUGUCGGCGUCACGGGGCGUCGCAGCCGUCAAGAGUCCUGUGGGACAGCAGCAGCAGGUGGCUGGGGCAGCAGGAGCAGGGGCAGGGGCAGAAGCGGGAGCAGGGAGCGGCGGUGGUGGCGGUGCUAGCGCUAGUCCGGGUGUGGUG